UGUGCUUGACCGUCUUUACACCGCAUCGGACCACGAUGGCUCAACCACGGCCGCAGCAGAGACAAACCGCCGUCCCAGUCACUCCGUACACAACGGUCAAGUGAAAAAACUCUCCCCAUGUGUUGUGGCCGUCUGAAACUUGUCGGGUCCGUCCCCCUUGUCAAAAUGUGACAUGUGCUCAAUGCGCUCGUCGCUAUUGAUAAGAUCCCAGCCGGAAUGCGACGGCGUACACCGGGGCCGGCCAUACCGAAAGAGGCAUGCGAAGAGCUCACGUUGCUCCAGCCGCUAUCAAGAUUGGCGCCGGCGGGCAACUCGACACCAUGACUCGGUGAUCCAAAGAGUGCGCGGUGCGCGCGUGUGUGUGUGUGUGGUUACCCCAGCUUGCUCAGGCACCGGGCGUGCCAAGCCGCCCGGCGACGCCCUCGACCUCCGCGCCUUUGUCCGUUUCGGGGAUGUGGAGGCCGGAGAGAAGACAUGGGGUGAGCGAGCCGAGCGAGUUUGUACUGUAGUCGGUACGCGCUGUUGUUGUCGGCUUGUGGUGGGAUACCGGUACCUGCUUCGAUGGAGUGUGUACUCCGGAGUCUGUACAUCUCGGGAAUGGUGUCGAGGAGAGGAUAGCUACUCCGCGUAUUCCGGCCGUAGGCUUACGCUUGUGUUUAAGUCUAUUCGAGUGCCGCCUUUGAAGCUAUCGUCGUGCGCCGCUAUCCGUCAUCUCUACCUCUCUAUCUACCUCUAUCUGCCUCUAUCUACCUCUAUCUCACUCCAUCUCCAUGCCUCCUAUCACAGAUAACAAUCAUCUUCCCUUAAACCCCUGCCACGCCACGUCCGACGCCAAUGCCAACCCGUGAAUGCCUUCCUGAUCCGUCCAUGUUGGACCGUCAGACUCCGGAGCUGCCUCUCUUUCUCGGCCGGACCAAGACCAACCCCCCCGCACGUUAUCCCCAGAUUGAAGCGUAGAGAGGCCA